GCGCGCCCAUUCCGUUAGCACAGCUGCUGAAGAUACUUCAUUGUCAACUAGCUAGCUAUGUGGCUCUAGCAAGGAUCCUGCUGGUCGCCCUGACCACGAGAUGUCACAUGAUCUAGGCCAGGAUAGGCCCGGCCUGCCUCCUAGCUAUGUAGUAAUCCAAGCAGCUUCUCACCGCUUCCUUCAACUACUACUGGAGCCCCUAGGGGUACCAAAAUGCUUCUUGUCUAUGUGACUUGAAGCAAAUCCAGCAAUCGUUCUGCUCACUUCACAUACCGUACCAUAUGACUGGACCAUGCCAAAAACUAGACGUCUGCUACGUGGCGAAAUCACGUACUCGGCCGCGAAGGACAAAGAAGUCAAUAUUCUUCAUCGCUUGGAGUAUUAUAACCAGGAAAUCCAGUUCUUCUCCCUUCUUGACAAAAGCCGCGACUGGAUCCGCGCCGUUGUUUCUUAUCACUUGAACCUGCGAUCGUCGGACUAUUGCCAUGUAGCGGACGUAUCGGACUGGUUGCAUGGGAGCUUCAAUGUAUGUAUACCAGUGACGAUUGUUGAUUGGAAAGGAAAACAACAGUCAGGAGACCGUGUUCUUAUCCGAUUUCCUCUACCAUAUCGAGUCGGUGAAAGCUACCACCCUGGGAAUGGAGAUGAGAAACUCAGAUGUGAGGCUGCUACCUAUUCUUGGCUACAAGAUAACUGUCCCGACGUGCCCAUUCCACAAUUAUAUGGCUUCGGGCUAUCUACUGGUGAGACUUUUACACAAGUCACGAAUCUCCCUCUUUGGAUGCGCUGCAUACACUUUCUGAGACGGAAUAUCCUUACGUUGGUUGGCUACCCACUUCCGUCGCGAUAUGUACGUCGUCAUGGCAGUGCGGUGGCGUCGGGUGAUGGGCCGCUGCCCUUCGGUUACCUUUUGACUGAGUAUAUUGAGAGUACAAGGGGGGAAAUGCUUUCAAAAACCUGGGGCAUAAAGCGAGAUGAUCUUAGAUUACGAACCAAUUUCUUGCGUGAUCUGAGUCGAAUAUUUCUGAGUUUGGCAAGACACCCACUUCCAAAAAUUGGUUCUUUUACCAUCGAUAAUAACGGAGUUUUGUCUCUCACAAAUCGCCCCUUACAACUUGAGAUUCAGGACCUUGAGAAUGAAAGAAUUCCAACGGAUAUACCGCGGGACUACACAUACUCAACCGUUGACUCAUAUGUGGCCGAUAUACUUCGUUACCAUGAUAGCCGCAUACGCCACCAACCGAAUGCUAUAAAUGAUUCAGGGGACUACCUAUAUCAGAUAUCGGCUUUAACAGCCAUGCGGGCAAUAUCUCCACUAUUACUCCGACAAGAUCUUCGCCGUGGCCCCUAUAUUUUUAUGUUGACUGAUAUCCAUCAAAGUAAUAUCUUUGUCAAUAAGGAUUGGAACAUUACUUCUCUUGUGGAUUUAGAGUGGGCAUGCUCUAUACCAGUGGAGAUGGUACAACCGCCUUACUGGCUUACAGACAAGGCCGUGGAUCAGCUCGUGUCCGAAGAAUAUAACGAAUCUCGCUUGGAAUUUAUGAAUGUCCUCACUGAGGUUGAAAAAGAAACUUCCACUUCCCUCAGAGGUAAAAACCAGACCACUACCGCUUUCAAAUUAUCUGCCAUCAUGGAGGAGACUUGGCAGAAAGGCACUUUUUGGUUCACACUUGCCCUUUUCAGUCCGACUGGGCUUUUUUCAAUCUUUGAAAAGCAAAUCCAACCACUCUUCACGAAAAGUUGUCCCGAUCAUGAUCCUUUUCAUGAAAUUAUGCCAUGGUACUGGUCGCUUGAUAUUGUUAGUACUCUCAAACUUAAGACAGCUGAUAAAAAACAGUACGAUAAAGACCUCCAGCAGGCAUUUGAGAGUGGAUGUCUUACUGAUUAAUGAGAAUCUUUACUUUCAAUAACAGGCUGAGCACUAUGCGAGCCUGAGCCGGAGUUCGAAAAAAGUUACCAAUUGUCGGGAAAGUUUUGUGACGCCAUCUUGGCAGA